UUCGUUCUUCUUCGUCUUCGUCUCGACGCAGAAAGAAGAAAGAAAGAGAUAAAAGAAAAAACACCGUGCGGCGGACGAAGAAGAUUCCUGAAUCUCUUCGUGUUAGUUUAGCUGGGGACUGAUUCGGUUUUCUUCUUCAGGCGGUGUUUGAUUGGUCUAGGAGAACAUAUAUACAUAGGAUUCUUCUAGAGAUGAUGAUGACGAUGGGUUUCGAGAUUUCGGAUGAGUUUCUGGGGACGUUCGUGCCGAUUCUGGUGUAUUGGGUGUAUUCAGGGAUGUACGUUUGUUUAGGAUCCUUGGAGAGGUAUCGAUUGCAUUCCAAGGUGGACGAGGACGAGAAGAAUCUCGUUACCAAAUCUGCCGUCGUCAAGGGCGUUCUUCUUCAGCAGACUCUUCAGGCCAUCAUCUCCGUUAUCCUCUUCAAGAUAACAGGAAGUGAUGAUGCAGAUGCUUCCACGACGCAGCAAUUCUCCCUUCUACUCCUCGCUAGACAGUUAAUCAUCGCCAUGCUCGUAAUCGACACUUGGCAGUACUUCAUCCACCGCUACAUGCACAUCAACAAGUUCUUAUACAAGCACAUCCAUUCCCAACACCACCGCCUCAUCGUGCCUUACUCGUAUGGAGCUUUAUACAACCAUCCUUUAGAAGGCCUUCUCUUGGACACCAUCGGUGGUGCUUUGUCUUUCCUCUUCUCCGGUAUGUCCCCAAGAACGGCUAUCUUUUUCUUCUCCUUCGCUACCAUCAAGACGGUUGAUGAUCACUGUGGACUAUGGCUCCCGGGGAACCCGUUUCACAUCUUCUUCAGUAACAACUCUGCUUACCAUGAUGUUCAUCAUCAGCUCUAUGGGAGUAAAUACAAUUUCUCGCAGCCGUUCUUUGUCUUGUGGGAUAGGAUUCUCGGUACUUACUUGCCUUAUUCGCUUGAGAAGAGAGCCACUGGUGGAUUUGAGACACGGCCAAUCAAAGCAUCCAAAGAUGAGUAACUUUUCCUUUUUUGGAACUUCGUUAUCACUGCUACGUUACUUCAUCAUUUACUCGCUAGAGAACUACUGUAACCUCUCUGUGUACUUGUAACUGUGUACAUACGAUUCCAAUCUCUCAUUUUCCAUCUGCGGAUGUAUGUCUCUGUGUAAGCUAGCACUAAAACUCAUUUUGUAAUAUCAAAAACUUCAGAUAUUCUCUAUUGAAUCUGCUUACAAUUUCA